GAGAUGGCAUCCGCAAUUUGUAUAUUCAUGAACCCUACUUCUUUACUAAAACAAAAAUCACAAAUUCGUACCUCAAUUGGGAAUGGAGCUAAUCAGGUAAAAAUACAAAAACAUUCUAUAUUUAAUUAAUAAAACCCAACAAAAACAGGUCGUCGAUAAACCCUAACGACAACAACAUGGACGAAUACUCAGCUGCAAAAACCCUCAUCAAAUUCGACAACCCAAUCCCUUUACUCCGACACCCAAUCAAAUCCAAAUCCAAUGAUGAAUCCCCUUUUCUCUGUUUCAAAAAUCCAAAAUCAUUUGCAUCUUCUUACCUUUCCUGCGAAUCCGACAUCAUCCAACAAUGCGAAUCGGGUGCCCGAAUCGCCUGUUCCGUAACAGCUUCAAGAAACUGCGCACCCCCAUGGUGGAAAUUUUCCAUUUUCCCCAAUAAUAGUAAAAAUAAUGGGUUGUCUAGAAAACAGGAGUUGAUGGAACGAGAGAAAUGUGAGGAGAGGGAAAUGGAACAGUGUUUGGAUAAUGCGAGAUUGAGUUGUCGUAAAUUCGCGGAGGAUAAGUGUUUGCCCGCGUUUCGAGAUGCGAGAGUUGUGGUUGAAAAUGGCGGUGAUGUGAAGAAGAGUGUGGUUGGUUUGAUUGGCAAGGUUUGUUUUGGGGAGAAAAGUAGUGUUGGAUGUUAUGAGUUGGGGAUCUCGAGUUGGUCGGAAAUUAGAUCGAGAAUUGGGGUGGUUCGGAUUGUUAGAGGGAGUGAUUUGCUUGACAAGGAGUUUCGGUGAAUCCUCGUCUUGAUUGUGAAGCAGCAAAUUAGAAGUAAUUAAAUAUCAUGCAUUUGUUUCUUCUGGCGGACUAAAGUCAUUACUGAUUAUUCUAUCUUUUUGUUCUAGUUCCUACCAUUCUUGGAGAGGUAAUUCAUUACUAUAUUUAUUAUUGAUGGACAGUCUUGACGAAUAUGCAAUUUCUUUUAG